AUGAAUUUUAUUUGUUUUUUAUUGGUUUUUAAAAAAGUAAUAUCGUCUCAUCUGGAUAAACAUGAACGAAUUUAUAAUUUUAAGUAUCCAAUGAUAUCUUUAUUGAAGGAUAAGAAACGUAAAGAUAAUGAUUUAAAAAUUCAAAAGAGAUCCAAUAAAAAACUCAGAUUUGAAAAUAAAAUUGACGUGAAUGUUGAUAUAGAUAAAGGUAAGUUAAACCUAGAAAG